AUGGGUGUUCGGACCCAUUUUGUUCUGUUUCUUGUUUCGGUAUUCAUUUUGAGUGUAGCAGGGCUUGGCCAACAUGACAAGGAUCUGGCAACGGUUCAUGUAAUCAAUGCCAUGCCAAGGGACUCAGAGCCGAUGCAAAUCCGCUGCAGUUCCAAGUCUACAGAUCAUGGGAUGCAGGAGCUUCAUGUAGGGGAUGAUUAUCAAUGUGGUGUCAGAGAAAAAGCCUUGUAUUACUGUGAAGCCAUUUCGGGAAGACAAAUAGCAUCCUGGCAUGCGUUUCAGCCUCGCAGAGAUAAGAAUCACAAGGCAGUUUUCUGGCUGGUGAAGGAGGACGGGUUCUAUCUUAGUUGGGAUAACUCUAGCUGGGUCAGAAAAUCUGGAUGGUACACUGAGUGA